AUGAGUGACCCAGACCUCCCCUUCAUCCCUUACGUGCCCCCAAACACAGGCGAGGAAGUGCACGACCCCGUUCCAGCGUACGACAUCGUCGACAACCUCGAGGCAGACGCCGCAGAGCUAGGCCUCCCACUCACGUGGUAUCCCGCCAAGCCGCCCCACGCCGGCGCGGAGUACUGGGACGACGUGCAGCGGCGGCGCGCCAAGAUCGUCGACGCGUUCCACGACGCCGUCGAGAAGCAGCAGUACGACGCCAUCACGCAGUUCGUCGCGCGCGGCAUCGUGUCUCCCGACGCGACGCGGCACGACGGCCCAACACCACUCCAAGUCGCCGUGGUCAUGGGCGACGCCAAGCUCGUGCUGCUCCUCGCCUCGCUCGGCGCCGACGUCAACGCGUUACACACCGUCCCGACCUACUUUGAGUGCGCGGAAGCCAAACAGUGGGCCCGCAUGCCCCCCACCGAAGGCCGGCGACCAGACGCGUUCGGCGUGCCCCGCCACCCCUCGUACCAGUGUGCGGGGGAGGAAGCGCCCCGUACCGCGCUGAUGGUCGCCGCUGCGCGCGGAAACCUCGCCAUGACCCGCCUCCUGCUGUCCCUCGGCGCCGACGACGGCGUGACCGCGCCCGACGGACAGAUCGCGCUCAGGCUAGCCGCAACCAACCGCCACCGCGACGUCGUCAACCUCCUCCCUGCGCGGCGCGGCGGCGAGCUGCUCCGCUUCAAGACGAGCAACGCGCGCGCGCUCAAGGGCAUCACCAAGGCCCUCCAAAAGUGCGGCAUGUUCAUCUACAUGGUCGGCUAUGUCCCCUUCUUUAUCGUGAUCCAGCUGCCCGUGGAGUGGAUCGCAAAGCCCCUGUGGAGGAACCGCAUGGACAUCGCGUCACGGUGCGCCCGGGCGGUGCGCGCCGUCCCCCGUCGCAUGUUCAAGAUCGGCGUCGACAUCGGCCACCGCUUGAAGGGUGUUCCCAAAGCUGUCGUCAACGGUGCGGUAUGGGUCGCGGUUCACGCGGGGGGCGCCGUCGGCGAGGUGGCCAAGGUGCUCUGGGUCGGCGUCAAGGCACUCCCCGGCGCGCUGGGCGAGCUCCCCAUGGCGCUUGCCCGAGGCGUGCGCGCCGCCGCGCUCGGCAUCGCCUCCAGCAUCGCGCCCAUCGGUCGCGGCCUCGCCCUCGUCUCGAAGGAGAUGAGCGACGCGGCGGCAUAUAUCGCAGUCAAGGCGUGGGCCAUGCUCCGUGCCGUCCCUGGCGCGGUGGGGAUCAUGGCCAAGUGGGCGUGGAGCACGGUCACCGCGCUCACGAGGGCACUGGGCGAGGUUCCCGCGGCGGUGGUCUCUGCGCUGCACACCAUCGGUGUGGCGAUCGCGUCCGCGCUGAGCAGGGUCAACCUCGCGUCUGUUGGCCGUGCGCUCGCUGCCGUCCCCAAGGUGCUGUUUGUCGACCUGCCCGUCGCCAUCUGGGGACAGCUCCGAGCCCUCGGCAAGCUGUCGCACGACGUGCUCGAGCGCCUGUUUGGCGUGCUGGGCCAGAUCGUCUGGGGUAUCGGCUACGCGGCGCAGUGGCUCGUGCUGUACAUCCCCAAGCAACUGGUCAAGAUCGUCGGCAAGGUUGGCGAGGCGUUGGGGAACGGGUUCAAGGAGAUUGUCGUGUGGUUCGACCCCAAACACAUCGGCUAG